UGCUCUGAAGCUUGUCAGAGAGUCGCGCUGCUGACGUCACGACCGGCGUUUCCGCCAUCUUAGUUGUGGCUAGAGAGGUGGCAACUUCGGAAGUGCGGCUUGUGUGCUGCUGUGUACAUGCUGAGGCAGUGCGGGCUUGGUGUGGUGCUGAGCCUGGCCGUGGCGGCGGUCGCGGCCACGGUCGUGUGGUUGAUGGAAUGGUGGGGUCCCCGUCCUGGCCUUCGCCUCUUCGUACCGGAGGAACUAGCCCGCUAUCGCGGCGGCCCGGGUGACCCGGGCCUGUACUUGGCGCUGCUCGGCCGCGUCUACGACGUGUCCUCCGGCCGAAGGCACUACGAGCCCGGGGCGCACUAUAGCGGCUUCGCAGGCCGGGAUGCAUCCAGAGCAUUUGUGACAGGAGACUACUCUGAAGCCGGCCUUGUGGAUGAUGUAACUGACUUGUCCUCCUCUGAGAUACUGACACUUCACAAUUGGCUUUCAUUCUACGAGAAAAAUUAUGUAUUUGUUGGACGACUGGUUGGAAGGUUCUACAGAGAGGAUGGGAUGCCCACUGCAGAACUAAGCCAAGUAGAAGCCAUGGUGGCUAAAGGAAUGGAGGCAAAUGAACAGGCAGAGAGAGAAAAGCAGAAGUUCCCUCCAUGCAAUGCUGAGUGGAGCUCUGUCAAGGGUAGCCGGCUCUGGUGCUCCCAAAGGAGUGGAGGUGUGAACAGAGACUGGAUUGGUGUCCCCAGGAAGUUGUAUAAGCCGGGGGCUAAGGAGCCCCACUGUGUGUGUGUGAGAACAACUGGCCCACCUAGUGACCAUCGAGACAGCCCUCGACACUUAGACCGUGGGGACCUGGACAACCCUAACUUGGAAGAAUACACGGGCUGUCCACCACUGGCCAUCACAUGUUCCUUCCCACUCUAAGAUGGUGUCCUGUAUGUUGAUGACAUGUGGAGAACCUUCCAUAGAUUCCAGGAAGCCCUAGGAUGGCUCCAGGUGGAAUGAAAUAGGAGUGUCAAGGACUCCAGCCUCACUCUGCAAAUGUGUGGUGGCUGAGACAAGAGCCUACCUGGUAUGGUCAGGUUGUUUUGACACUAUUUAGAACCUUGGUCCCUCUGUCAUCUUCCUUUGGAGCCUGCAGACACGAAUGAACACAGUGCAAUUAAUAUACGACAGCCUGGAUAAAGAAGUCUGUGUGCUCCAGCAGGGGACUUCCCAUGGGCUCAGUACUGCCUGAAUCAGAGCUUGGACUCUGCCCAUCUUACUUGAAACAGUAGCAGAACAGGGCUGUGGCUCUCAGCAGAGAAGCAGGCAUUUCCCAAGAAGCUGUGCAUCUUAGCAGAAUCAAGGUAAUUUUCUAAGCUCCUAAUUUCUGACUUUGUGACAUUUCUAAAACCUCUACUCCAAAGCAAACUUGAAUUUACUGACUCCACAGAGAUGGGUUGGUACAAUGAGACGUGAUGCUAAACUGGGAUGGGCUGAUUCUGGAAUUGGAAAUUUUUUUUUUUUUUUACUUACACAGAUGGAGCAUGCUCAGGUUUUCCUUGCCCAAGUGUGUAUUAAACAGCUCACUUUCCUCUUAUCACUAAUGAACAGUUAUCAGUAACUGCCUCACAUUUUGACAGGGGCUUCUGCUCCAGGUUUCCUAACCCCACUCACUGCUGAGUCCCCUGCCUUCUCUGUGCCACAGCAGGGUCAGUUCUUACCUAUCUCUGCUGUGGUUCAUGUUUAUGUUUUUGAGACAGAGUGUAAUGCUAGGCUUUGGCAGGCCCAGAACUCAGAGGUCCAUCUGCCUCCCAAGUGUUGGCAUUAAA